GGUGCGCAUGCGCAUAGCAAAAAAGAGAGGCGUUUCCUUGUCAACCGUGCAAAGCAGGCUCGUUCGUGGGAAGGCGCUUCCGGGUCUCCGCGGUUGGGAGGUGAGAGGGACCGCGAGGCGGGAAAAAGGCCGGGCCUCGUUGACGCCAUGAGCAUGGAGUAGCCUUGCAGCUGGCAAGGGAGACAUGUCCACGCUGUUCCCUUCCCUCUUCCCAAGGGUCACGGAAGCGCUCUGGUUCAACCUCGACCGUCCCUGCGUCGAUGAGAACGAACUUCAACAACAGGAGCAGCAACACCAGGCCUGGCUGCAGAGCAUAGCUGAGAAGGACAACAACUUGGUCCCAAUUGGCAAACCGGCCUCAGAGCAGACUUACGACGAGGAGGAAGAGGAGGAUGACGAGGACGACGAGGACAGUGAGGAAGACUCGGAGGACGACGAGGACAUGCAGGACAUGGAUGAGAUGAACGACUACAAUGAGUCUCCCGAUGACGGGGAGAUCAACGAGGUGGACAUGGAAGGGUCUGAACAGGACCAAGACCAGUGGAUGAUCUAGCGGUCUCUGGUGCACAAUGAAGCAUACUUGCAGCCUCUUUGUCAUGCCAGGGAAAAGGAGAAGGGCCACUCUGUUUACAAGGCAUCCUGCCUGAUGCAUCUGAUCCUGCCCUGCCUCUUUGGCCAGAAAGACUAACCUUGUUGCCUUGGAUUUCCUUCAAUGCUCCCCUGCUGAACACUUUGGAGCCGGCCAAGAAUGUCUGUGAGUGAGACAACACAUGAGAUUUUUUUUUGUCCAGAGUUAGAAGGAUAUGUGUAGCAAAAGCCACUUGUAUUUAUUAUUGCUGUGUUUGUGUUGAUGGAAAUUAUUUUAUGAAUAAACCUGUUUCUUACCUGGA